AACAAGGUGACGACUAAGGUCGAGGAGGAUGGGGCAUCAGUGUCCAUACUCCGUAUUAUUUUUUUUCUCUUCAAGCUGUUCAUUGUUCCCCAUCAGUCGAUAAUCCAUUCGCCUUUCCCACUCCCGCCUCACAACAUCGCUCAAACACUGCAGAGAAAAAAUCCCAACCAACGUCUGUAAUACCCACACACAAACAAACCUCCCUCGAGAUACCACACCGACGCUACCUUGCCUCUCUCCAAACGAAAGAACCUCCCUCUACCCCCCCGGUCAACCUCACCCCCGCCGAAGCUCUCGCACGCCGCCAUCUCUCCAUCCCGUCUCUCCAACGGCCAUCGACUCCUCUCCUCUCUGUGCCUCUCCGUCUCCAAACCAGCCCCUGCAGCAGGCCCUCGUCGACCGCCUCUGCCCGCAACGCCCGCCGCCGCCGCCAUCCCGACCUCAUCGCAUCCCAACGCCAUCUUGCCCUGUCCCAGCCGCCACAACUGCGACCAUUCACCACAAACCAAGGUGCCGCCGCCCUUGACGUUUUGAGGGAUUGACGAGACCAAGCCAAAUUCACUCCUCCCCGGAAGCCGUCGAAAGCAGUCCUAAUGGAUAACAACCUAUGGACCCGCCGCACAAACUCUGGCAAGCUUUCACUCUCGACAAAUGGUAGUCCCGCGCCGGGCGGUGACGCCAACCGAAACGGCUCCUUUGCCAAACGAUUCGGCGGCGAUACGUCCUCACACGGCGGCAAAUCAAAUCCCUUCAACAACGUAACGACCCCCGGCGCGGGCGGCAUGGCGUCGCCCACCACCGCCGGCGCGGCCAACGCCUUUGGCCUGGGUUCCGGCGCCUUCGCCUCCUUCGGCUCCGCCAAGACGCCCAAGUCCCCCGGCAACCCGUUCGACCUCGCCAUGGGCAAGAUUGGCGGCGGCGGCGCCAAGGCGGCGUCGCAGCACGACCCCGCGGCCAAGGUCCCCUCCAUCGCCCCGAUCCCCGAGAAGAAGGCCCUGGGCUCCCAGCCCGCCUCGACCCGGACGUCCUCGGAGCAGCUGCGCGUCCACCCCCUCAAGUACGAGUGGGUGACGUGGUGCCGGCCGCCCCAGCCAAAGGGCCAGCCGUACCAGGAGUACGCCAAAUCGCUGACGCCAAUGAUCCACUGCAACUCGGUGGAGGAGUUCUGGGUCGGCUACCCCCACCUCAAGCGGCCCUCGGAGCUGUCCGUGGGCUGGGAAUACCACUUCUUCAAGCGGGGCAUCCGCCCAAUCUGGGAGGACGACGAGAACAGAAGCGGCGGCAAGUGGGUGCUCCGUCUCAAGAAGGGCAUCGUCGACCGGUACUGGGAGGAUACCGUGUUUGCGCUCCUCGGCGAGGCCUUUAUCGACGCCAGCGAGGAGGUCUGCGGCGGUGUGGUGAGCGUCCGCAACGGCGAGGAUAUCAUCAGUAUCUGGACCCGCUCGACCGGCGGACGCGUGCUGAGGAUUCGUGAAACGUGGAAGUCGUACCUCAAGUGCCCGCCCAACACGCAGUUCGAGUUCAAGUCCCACGACGAGAGCAUCCAGCACCGAGCCGCCAUCGAGGAGUCCCGCCGCGAGAAGCAGCACGACAAGCGAGGCAACAAACAGACCACCGAAGAGCAGAAGCCCGCCGCUUCGUGAGGAGGCAUACUACUCCCCGAACGACAUGACCCUCCUCGCCCGGGAAAACGCCACGCCAACAACCUUGUUGCAUUUUUGUUUUUGUUUCUCUCUCCAAAGCCAUCUUUGAUGUUUAUUUGUACACUAUUGGAUCCACUACCCCCCUUACGACGGAUCUUCAUAGCAUUCGGGGGUUUCGUGAAAACUCCCGACAAAAAAUACACCUAUAUGGGGAAAAAAUGAGGAAGCAGGUUUGGAAACAUUGGAGACGGAUGUGUGCUCCCCUUGAUGAAGGGGGGGGAUCGAAAGGCUCUCUCCCUUUGGGAAUUUACGAUCAAUCUUUUUCGGUCUCGGAAACGGGACUCGGCAAAGAGGUUUGUGAGGAGGGGGAAGGGAAACGGAACGGGGGGUCAGCG